UGGCUAAAUUGAUGAAUUGACAUGGUUGCAGUAAACAGUGCCGCGGUUACAUUAUGGUAUGUAGUUUACAUCAUGUCCUGUGAAGCGGGAGUCUAUUUUUGUUCACAAAAUCUCAGGAAACAAUCAAAACAACCCGGUGGGGCACUGGCACGGGGUGAAUACGGAAGUGAUUGGAAUAUCCUCGGCUAUGAUUGGCUGCAUGACCUGCCCGUCAUCAUCAAGCGAGGAGGGUCCUUUGGCUGGGCACGGAGUGGUGAAUGGGCUUCAGUGUUUGCCUGAGACAGCAUGGGGCAAACGCAGACCGGUUAGUUGACUGAUCGGCAAAAACAAAAACACACCUAAAGCUCUCGACCGCCUGUUUUGGGUGUACUUUGGCAAAUGUAGCCGCACGAGAAGCUUCCGAAGAUUCGAUAUUUUUCAGCAUUUUACACUGGGAUAGCCUCAAAACCCAAGAAGAGCAGAGAUGAACAGCUUGUCGUUUGACGAUCCUACGCUGGAUAAUCUGGAUCCGACAUUGUCGCUGAAUGACCCCAGCGAUAUUGACACGGCCCUCUUAAGCGACAUUGACGACAUGCUGAAGCUCCUCAUCCACCAGGAAGAGGAACUCGGAGGCCUCUUUGACACCCCCCCAUUCGCAGGAGCCGCCACCAAUCCGGACCUUUCGUGCCCGCCGUCGUCCGCCCCCCUCCCGACCGCCACAGCUCCACCCACUUCUUCCUCCUCCAUCCUCAGCAACAGCCCCCACCUGGAUGCACUCCUGGGCCCCCCCAUCACCCGCAGCUCAUCCAGCCCAGACAAGGCCUUCCAGCCUCCCACCUUUCAGCAGUGCCCGCUGGCCCAGGUGCACAUCCCCUCCCCGCCGCCACAGCAGCAAGCUCGCAGCCUCAGAACCUCCGAAGCGGAACCGUCCCAAGCCGUCGUGGCUCAGACCGCUCCCGCCCUCGGAGCGUCACCUCAUGGCUCGCCGCUACCGACCCCCGCAUUCGGCAGCGCCCCCCCAAAAGCGCCCCGACCUCCGAACCAGCUGCAGGCGCAACUUCAGACUCAGACUCCGAGCAGAGGCCAGAACAGCUACGUAGCCGGCAGCGUGAGCCAACCGGCCGCCACCUUGUCGUCCUCGCCUCCGAAGGUUCAGCCUGUGGCCGUUCAGACUCCGCCGCAAGGGGUGAGCGCCGCCUCGCCUCCGCCGGCCGCGACAGGAAGCCCGCCCGCUCAGACGCUCGCAUCUCACGUGCAACCAGUACCUCUGAUAUUGCAACCGCACUUUAUCAAAGCGGAGUCUGUGCUGUUGACCACGCUGAAACACGACCCCUGCAUGGUGGCCACCGUGGCGUCGCCCACAUCCCUGGUCACCACCACGCCGGUUCAGAGCACGUCGCUGCAGGCUUUUGUGGGCGGGGGCACCUUCUUGACUACCGUGCCCGUCAUGGUGGAUGCCGAGAAGCUGCCGAUCAACCGCAUCAUCAACAACGGCAAGACGUGCGGCUUCCCGCCCAAGGGCGAGAAGCGCACGGCUCACAACGCCAUCGAGAAGCGCUACCGCUCGUCCAUCAACGACAAAAUCAUCGAGCUCAAAGACUUGGUGGCGGGCACCGAGGCCAAGCUGAAUAAGUCAGCCGUGUUGAGGAAAGCCAUCGACGUCAUCCGUUUCCUGCAGCAGUCCAAUCAGAAGCUGAAGCAGGAGAACAUGGCGCUGAAAAUGGCAGCCCAGAAGAACAAGUCGCUCAAGGACCUGGUCGCCAUGGAGGUGGACGCGCCGGCCGACGUGAAGACCGAGCUGCCCACCCCGCCCGCGUCGGACGUGGGCUCGCCCUCUUCUUUCUCGCAUUGUGCCAGUGAUUCGGAACCCGACAGCCCCAUGGGAGAGGACGCCAAGCCAAACAUGGGCACGCUGGACCCGUCGGCGACAGGCGACAGCAGCGCCGGUGGCAUGCUGGACCGCUCCCGCAUGGCGCUCUGCACUUUCACCUUCCUCUUCCUCUCCCUCAACCCCUUGGCCAACCUGCUGUGCUCACCCGGCGGCGGCACGGCGGGCAGCGCGGCCGGCGCCGCCCACCACGCGGGCAGGAGCGUUCUGGGCUUGGACAUCGCAGCUGACUCGUGGCGCUGGAUGGACUGGAUGCUCCCGACAAUUCUGGUGUGGCUUCUGAACGGCAUCUUGGUGUCGGGAGUUCUGAUCCGACUUCUGGUGUACGGAGAGCCCGUAACCAGACCUCAUUCUGGAUCUUCCGUCUUGUUCUGGAGGCACCGCAAGCAGGCAGACCUGGACCUGGCAAGAGGGGAUUUUGCCCAGGCCAGUCAGAACCUUUGGACUUGUCUGAAAGCUCUGGGUCGUCCCUUACCCACCUCCCAGCUGGACUUGGCCUGCGCCUCGCUGUGGUCGCUCCUCAGAUUCUGCCUUCAGCGCCUGUGGGUGGGCCGCUGGCUGGCCGCCCGGGCGGGAGGGCUGCGUUCGGACCGCCCCCUGCAGGAAGACGCUUGCAAGAGCAGCCGAGACGCCGCCCUGGUGUACCACCGCCUGCACCAGCUGCACAUGACAGGUAAGCUGAACGGCAGCCACCUGUCGGCCGUGCACAUGGCCCUCAGCGCAGUCAACCUGGCAGAGUGCGCCGGCUCCUGUCUGACCGUCGCUUCGCUGGCCGAGGUCUACGUCUCCGCGGCGCUCCGAGUCAAGGCCAGCCUGCCGAAGAUCCUGCACUUCACCUCUCGUGUUUUCCUGAGCAGUGCGCGUCAGGCGUGCCUGUCGUCCAGCGGCAACGUGCCCCCCGCCAUGCAGUGGCUCUGUCACCCUCUCGGCCACCGCUUCUUCGUGGACGGAGACUGGGCCAUCCGCAGCAUCCCCAAAGAGAGCAUCUACAGUCAGGCUGGCAACACUGUGGACCCUCUGGCUCAGGUGACUCAAGCCUUCAGAGAACACCUGCUGGAAAAGGCUCUUUACUGCGUGGCCCAGCCCAAAGGAGAGAAAAGCCCCAGUCAGGGCGACGGGGAGUACGCCGACGCCCUGGAGUACCUGCAGCUGCUGAUUAGCGCCUCCGAUGCAGCUGGUGCCACGUCCCACUCCUUUGCUAUCGGCUCCAACAUGGCCACUGUGACGGGCUGCGACCCCCACUCCAAGUGGUGGUCCUCUGUCGCCGUGGUGAUCAUCAACUGGCUCCAAGGGGACGACGCGGCCGCGGAGAGGCUGUAUCCGACCGUCGAGCGCCUGCCGCGCACUCUGCAGAGCGCGGAGAGUCUCCUGCCCAAGGCUUGCCUCAACACCUUCCGAGCCGUACGGGCUCUGCUGUCCAAGCCGGAAAACUGCCAGCUGAGUCUGAGCCACAGCGACAAGGCCGGCGCCCUGCUCCGAGACGGCCUCAACUUGGGUCCGCACUCCCACAGCUCCGCUUUAGACAAGGUUGUCCAGUUGCUGCUUUGUGACCUGCUGCUAGUGAUGAGGACCAACGUGUGGCAUCUUCAGCAGCAGCAGGGAGCGGGCGCGGCCGGGCCGUGCCCCGCGGGUCCCGUCGCGGGUCCCGUCGCCGGCCCCGUCGCGGGUCCCGUCGCCGGCCCCGUGGGGGUCCAGCAGGCCUCGCCGCCCGAGCUCCAAGGAUUUCAGCAAGACCUCAGCUCCUUGCGCAAGCUGGCGCAGAGCUUCCGGCCGGCCAUGCGAAGAUUGUUUCUUCACGAAGCCACCGCCCGGCUGAUGGCGGGCGCCAGUCCCACGCGCACGCAUCAACUGCUGGACCGUUCGCUGCGGCGCAGAGCCACGCCUGGAGCAAAGACAGAGGAGUGCGAGACGCGGCCGGGCCGGCGCGAGCAGGCGGAGGCGGUGAUGCUGGCGUGCCGCUACCUGCCCCCGUCUUUCCUGUCGGCGCCCGGCCAGCGGGCGGGCAUGCUGGCCGACGCCGCCCGCACCCUGGAGAAGCUGGGCGACAAGCGCACGCUCCACGACUGCCAGCAGAUGAUCAUCAAGCUGGGCGGCGGGACCACCGUCACCAACAGCUAGAGACGCCGAGGUCCCGAGUGAAAACGGACUCGUGUUUUCCCUCCCGGGCACUCGAGGACGUCGUCGUCGUCGUCGCCGAUGAUGAGCAGAAUCUACGAAGUGUUUCUUUCUCUCUUUCUCCCAAGUGUGAGUCCAGUGCAGUGCUGCGUUUGACCUCAGAGAGGCGCCAUCACAUCCUCAUUGCGGGCUGCGGCGUGAAUGGCCAGUGCGCGAGUGUGACUGAGUUGCUUCUUUUUAUUUGACGAAAACGACCAUAUUCGGUCAAUCUGCACUAAGCCUGCCGUGUAGAUUUCAACGACGCUUCUUUUCAUUGUUUGUUUUUGACGUGUACAUAGAAUAAUAUUAAUGAUGUAUUUAUAUUCUGUAUGGAUUUUGUUUCAGCAGUAUUUGAGAUACGUGGAAUGGUGAAUGCUUCCUUCGAGUGCCGUGUUGCCAUGGUGAUGGUGCGUUAUCGAGGUGACCUUUCGCUCCGCUGACCUUUGGCGGUGUUGCUUUUACACGCGCGUCGGCAGUAUCGCCGAGACGCUCGCGUUGCUUGGAAAAAGUAGAUCGUUGGUCGCUUUCUCCACGCAACUAAAAAGUAACUCUGUUUUCUACCAAAGAGGACUUUCACCUGGUUGGCAAGUACUUAGUCUUUCAGUGUUUUCAGGACCAUGGGUGCAAAAAAUACUAUUUGGUAUUAUUGUUUUUGUUGCGGCAACUUCUCAUGUUUGCGGGCGGCGCAAACAUUAUUCAACAGAAAAACACUUGUUUGUGGGCCCUCACAUAUUUUCAUCUUGUGAUCAUGUCAAUAUUAAAAGACUUUUUAGAAAA